AUGCUCUGCGCCCUGGCUCUCCUCGCGCUGCCGCUCGCCGCGCGGGCGGGCGCCGGUGGCCCCAGCGCUCCGGAGCCGCCGAGCGCGCCGCGCCUCGCCGUCGCCGCCAACGUGUCGGCCUUUGCGCUCUCCGGCCCGGCCCGCGGCGGCAGCCUGAGGGGCUCGCCGGCGCCGAGCGCGCGGAAGUUCAUCGCGCACGGCGACGCCGAGUGCUCGGGGAGGUACGCCGCCAUCCAGACGGCGGCGCAGUGCGCGGCGGCGGCGCAGGCGCUCUGGCCCACCGGCCUGCUGUACCCCUGCUGGUACCCCACGUGGGCGGAGGACCUCACGGAGGUGGACGAGCCCGACGAGCCGCAGGGCUGCCUGCUCCUCACGAACGCCGACAACGGCUGCGGCCUGCGCUUCAACGCGGCCGGGCGCGGGGCGGUGUGCGACGAGCCCGGGCUCUCAUGCGUGGUCGUCUGCGGGGAGGGCGGCGGCCCGGCGACCUCGACGGAGGGCCCCGCGGGCCCCGCGACCACGGAUGCCAGCGCCACCUGCAAAGUUCAUUACAGCUGGACUGGUAGAGCGCAGUUUUUCUUAUGGAGCCGCUGUCGUGACCUGACAGCAGGCGCUCAGACAGCCCAGCCGCCGCCGCCGAGGGCCAUGCUCCGCGCCCUGGCUCUCCUCGCGCUGCCGCUCGCCGCGCGGGCGGGCGCCGGUGGCCCCAGCGCUCCGGAGCCGCCGAGCGCGCCGCGCCUCGCCGUCGCCGCCAACGUGUCGGCCUUUGCGCUCUCCGGCCCGGCCCGCGGCGGCAGCCUGAGGGGCUCGCCGGCGCCGAGCGCGCGGAAGUUCAUCGCGCACGGCGACGCCGAGUGCUCGGGGAGGUACGCCGCCAUCCAGACGGCGGCGCAGUGCGCGGCGGCGGCGCAGGCGCUCUGGCCCACCGGCCUGCUGUACCCCUGCUGGUACCCCACGUGGGCGGAGGACCUCACGGAGGUGGACGAGCCCGACGAGCCGCAGGGCUGCCUGCUCCUCACGAACGCCGACAACGGCUGCGGCCUGCGCUUCAACGCGGCCGGGCGCGGGGCGGUGUGCGACGAGCCCGGGCUCUCAUGCGUGGUCGUCUGCGGGGAGGGCGGCGGCCCGGCGACCUCGACGGAGGGCCCCGCGGGCCCCGCGACCACGGAGUCGCCGUGA